AUUUUACUGCACUCCAUUUCAUGCUGUCGACACACACACACACACAAGUGAAUCUCACUGCGAAAUUCUCUGUUUUUAUUAUUUUAUAUGUGUGUUUGUUAUACUAAUAACACCCUCGUUCAUUUAGUAAAAAAGGAAAUGUCUGAUCAAAGUGCGAAUUUGAUUGAAUAUAAAGCAGGACGAAUGAUUAUGGUGGGUAAGCGUAUUGAGCCCGAAGAACGUAGGGGCUUAAUCUUCCUUCGUCGAUAUAUGGAGGAUAAUCAAAUACAUUUCUGUUGGUUGGAUCGCAAAACGGGGCAUAUUGAAAUUGAUGUUGUAGCGAAACCAGGAUUAUUGCAGUUCCGUCGCAUUGAACAAUGCAAAACGGGACGGGUUUAUGUCUUAAGAUUUCAAGAAUCGACACGUCGUUUAUUCUUUUGGUUGCAGGAGCCGCAACAUGAAAAUGAUGAAGAAUUUUGCAUUCAACUAAAUGAAUACCUAUUGGGCCCACAUGGCGACGGCACCAUCGAUCCUUCAAAGCCUUUAACAGAAGGUAGUGAAGAACGUUCCGGUGGUGGCGGCAACGACAUUCCUACAGAAGACCAGUAUAUUUUUGACGAAGGGCGUUAUAUAUUUAUGGAAGAAGACGAAAUGAUGGAACUUUGGACCACCCCGAAAGAUGGGCAAUCGGCAAGUCAGGUCUUAAAAGACAUAAAUGAGGCUAGUUGCCUUCCUGCAUUGGUGCAGUCACCGCAGCCUAUGGAUCUGGUCGACUCGCCAUUCAUUGAGUCCUCGUUUAUUGACUUGGGCUUGGCCUUACAAAUGGAUGGCGAGUCGGCUGUAUCAACACUUGUAAAAUCUAAGAUGCGUAUGCGUGCUCUACUUGCCCAGCUGCCACCAGAUGAUGAUAAAGCAGUAGAGGAGCCGGGACGGAUGCUGAAUGAUCCAAAUGGUUCAAGUCUAUAUAUCGAGGAGCAUUUACGUUCCCCACAGUUCUAUGAGGCUUUUGCUCAGUUCUCUAUUGGCUUGGAAGCUGGCGUACUGGGGCCCGUUCUAGAACCGUUUCAUCUUGAUGCUGAGGCAAUGGCAGCCGUUCGACUCGGUGAUUUGGAACUUUUUUUGCGUGUCUUGCAUCAGGAUAUAAAAAACGAAUAAGAGCAAUGGUCAUAAAUAAAAAUACUAUAAGAAGAGCAAAAAAAAACAACAAGAAA